AUGAGCAAAGAGGAAUCUAAAGAAGUCAGUAAGGAGAAGUUUCAUUCGGUUCCGAACGUGCGUCCGGAUGGCGGGAAGAACUCUGAAGAUAGGAGAUUGUACAGCUUGUCUCUCUCACAGAUACGGAAGCAUUCUGCACAAUUUUCUGACUACCACCACAAGCCGUCGCCCUUUAGCCUCCGGUGGAUAACAGGCUGGAACCCGAAAGCGGGUGUGAUCAACCUUAACUCGCGCGGCAGCACCACGGUCUUCUACGCGGCGUGCAACUGCGGCAUUCUGUACAACUGGACCACUAAUCAGAUGAGGAUCUUGCAGGGACACAGACACAUGGUGAACUGCAUCGCAGCGGAUGGCGACGGCAAGUGGCUGGUGACCUCAGACUGUGGUCCUGAGAACCUCAUUACCAUCUGGGACAGCGAUGACUACUUCCCGAACAAGACCUACUUCCUUCCACACGGCAACAUGCGGGUGUCCAAGGUGGCUUUGAGCCAGGACUCAAGGUUCAUGCUGACGGUGGGAUAUCAUGAGAAAACUGCGAUCUUUUGGUGGAUUUGGUCUUCUGGGCAAGAUGAGCCACAUGCUGCCCUGGAUGUUGACAUACCUAAAGACGGAGUUUUGGCUAUGGAAUUCAACCCAGAUAACACUUGGCAAUUUGUGCUUAUGACAAAAACCGACAUUUGGAUUGGACUUUCUCAGAAAGUAUUCGUCAUGGAAAGAGGCCGUCUCAAGGAGACUGACGAAUUCGAGUUGAAAAUUAGAAUGAUUGAGAAAAAACCAGAAAUAAAUAUGGCAUUUGGGAAACUAACUUGCUUCACGUUCGUAAGCAUAACCUCACAAAUCCUGGUGGGCACUUCCAGGGGAGCCAUACAUGUGAACGGUUAUAGUAUGGAGUACCAGGAGAACAUCGAACCUAAGAGUUUCGAGUUUUUGAAGUUCGUGAAAGCGCUGAAGUUGGAGGACAGUAAGAUAAAUGUUAUUAGGAGUAUUGAUGGAGUGAUAGUGACGGGCAACAACGAUGGCCAGAUCCGCUUCUACGACGAGCAGCUGAAGCUGCUGCAUUGGCUGCAGGAGUUCUCCGUGGACCGCGUGCGUUCCAUCAGCUUCAACAUCUCUCCACGGAGCUACAAAAUCAUUGACCUCAAAUGUGGAAAACCAAAGAAAUGUCCUUUUUGGGAGAACGUGGAGACAGAAAAGGAUCCAGUGACCGGGAUUAUAAGACAGAAGCUAAUCAAGAAGGACCUGCCCACCGACGCCACGACCAGCGGCAAGACUUUCUUGGUUCGAGACUUCAUAGUCACUACCGGCAAUCAAGGAAUUGGUUUCGUUGAUUUUGUGACAGAGAAACUUGUCACGAUACUGGAUUACAGAAUCUCUCCAGCAUUGAGUGUGACGGUGCAUCCAGAAAAACCAUACUUGUGCCAAGGUUUCGCAGACGGCGUGCUCGACUUAGUGAAUUUCUCUCAACACAAACUGUUCGCAAGGAUAGACUUAAGGGAACAUUACAAGGUCGUUGUGCCGCCCAACAACGACUCCAUAAAGUGCGAGUACGAAUUCCACAAGCCGGAGCUCUCGGUGACCUGUUUGAAGUAUGCGCCCUCUGGCUUGCAUUUAGCUUGUGGCUUGAACACCGGGCAACUGCUGUUCCUCGACCCAGUCACCAUAAAGAUCCUGACGCAACCGUUUAAUGACUCGCAGCAUGCCAUCAAGGACAUCAGCUACAGCUGCGACUCUUUGACGCUUGCCUUCUCCGAUGCCGGUCACACAGUAUGCGUGUACAAGUACGACUGCAAGGCGUUAGCGUGGACGUUCAUCGCCAAACACCGCGCCCACUACAAGGACAUUACAGCCGUAUUCUUUACACCCACGAUGAACGAUAAUGGGGACUACAAGCUGCUCUCUCUGGGUGCGGACAGGAUGAUGGUCGAGUAUAAUGUUGGAGCCAGUUCAGGAGAGCACCUGGAAGUACUUAGUCUGGAUCGUAUGGACCAGACGGCGGUUCCACUCGCCGGGUGUCAUUGGCCCACACCCAAGGAGGUAGAUGCUGAGUGUCAGCGUACCGACCUGCCUAUGAUUCUUGUGGCUAAUGACGAGUAUAAAUACAAGAUCGUGAACUACGCGACGGCAAUGACCCUGGCCACGGUCCUCGGGCCGCGCUUCGAGAGCCCCGUCUCCAGAAUGCAGCUGGUCUCUAGGAAAGAAGAGCAGAACGUGCUGGAGUACAUCCUCUUUGCCACCAAGAACAUUAUCGGGCUGCAGAAAUUGCCGCUAGAUGGGAAUCCUUGGAAGCAUGUUGGGAUACUUGGACAUCCCAUACAGAUUAUUGACAUGUGUUACCGCGAAGACCUAGGGACGCUUUUUACCCAAGGAGCCAGAGAUAUAUGCUUAUGCCAAUGGGCUGCCAACUACAGGGCAGUGGACAGUACGUGUCAGCAAGGUGGCGGAGAUCUUGAUCCAUACUACUGCCUGAUCGAGAACGGGCGUCCUGGCUGGCUUUUCCAGGAGAUACGCGACUUGUUCUACUAUAUUCAGAUACUUUGUCAGGGCACCUUCUCUCCCACAAGGCGGACAGUGAAGGAUUACAUACCGAUCGAUUCGUUGCCGGACCUUAUGAGGGCUCUUGGGUUCUUUCCUUCUGAAUACGAGGUAGAGAAUCUCCUAACCGAAGCGAAGUUCAAAGUGUAUCAGCCGACGCCCUCCGCGGAGAUAGACUUCGAGGAGUUCGUAAAGCUGUACCUGAACCACCGUCCCGCAUUCGGAGACGAGCUGGGCAGGGUGCGCAACGCGUUCAGGACCUUCGCGUCGCUUGAGAAGGAGAGUUAUGGGAUGAGCAGGGAUGAGUUUGUGGACAUGCUCGGGAGUUACGGAGAGUGCUUCUCUCGCGAGUUGAGCUGGUACCUGCUGUCCAUCCUGUUGGGGCACAGCUUCGAGGACCGCGCCAGCAUGCCUGAGGAUGACUUCUCCUUCUUGCCAGAGACAAUAUCACUUCGUGACCUCCUAAUAAACAUCAUGGGCAUCCAGGAAGUGGAACUAUCGAGUGACCAGUUCUCGGCAAGAGAGUCUUUAGGUUCAUCCUGGGGCUCAACGGUCACCGGCACCUCUGAUGACAGGGAAAGAAACAACUGACAUAUUCCAUAUUGUCUUAUUACAAAUAAAAUCUCAAUCUUUCA